UUCGUGUCGACCAUUGACCGUUACGAAAUACGCCAUUCCAAAUAAUCGUCACUGAAAACAAAAAUAGAUCGUCUUACGUCAUAAUCAACAUUUGAUUGUGACGUAACAAUAGUCUAUAAAGUCUUCUCUGUUGCGAGUUGGAAACACAACAAGAGCGAUUAUGGGCAUUAUUCAAAGUUGCUUCUCUAAAAACAACAAAGUGGGCGCCUUGGAAUCGGAGGAAAUAGAAUCAUACCAAUUAGUGCGUCAGCCUGUGGUGACGGAUGAAUUGUUAGAAGCUAAAGGAGGAAUGGCCUUCAGCGUGACAUUUGGAGCCUCCGAAAAAUCCAAGAUUCCAUCAAUUCGUAUGGUGAAUGGCCAAAAGGAGGACUUUGAAACAUGGCGAGUAACCCAAGAGAAAAUGCAAGUAAACAAGCAGAAGCGGGCACAAGACAACAGAGAGAAGGAAAGAAUAAAAAAGCAAAUUGAAACAGCGCAGAAAGAGAUGGAGAGAUUUGAGAAAUACGUGAAUUUAAAGGAUGAGCAGUAGAAAGAGAUUUUAAUGCACUGUAUAUAAUUAGUAAAAUUUUCAUGAAACGUAU